GUGCCCUGCUCCUUCCUGAUCUGAGCCUCCACGUGUCGCCGGCAGGCGCCAGCUUCCUGCCGGACUGUGGGCAGCUGCGGGGUGACGGGGAAGGCCUCUGUGGGCCCGGAUCGGAGCCGCUGCCUGAGCUCCUGUUUCCUUGGACCUGCCGGGGCUGCGGACAGGAGCUGGAGGAGGGUGAGGGCGGUCAGCUGGGCGCUGCCACGUGUGGGCGCUGCAUGCGAGGCGAGGCUGGAGGGGGUGCCGGUGCGGGGCCCCAGGGCCCCGGUGACAAGGGCUUUGCCUGUAGCCUCUGCCCCUUUGCCACACACUACCCCAACCACCUGGCCCGGCACAUGAAGACACACAGCGGGGAGAAGCCUUUCCGCUGCGCCCGCUGCCCCUAUGCCUCGGCUCACCUGGACAACCUGAAGCGGCACCAGCGCGUGCAUACGGGAGAGAAGCCCUAUAAGUGCCCCGUCUGCCCCUACGCCUGUGGCAACCUGGCUAACCUCAAGCGGCACGGCCGCAUCCACUCCGGCGACAAGCCCUUCCGGUGCAGCCUCUGCAAUUACAGCUGCAACCAGAGCAUGAACCUCAAGCGCCACAUGCUGCGGCACACCGGCGAGAAGCCCUUCCGCUGCGCCACCUGCGCCUACACCACGGGCCACUGGGACAACUACAAACGCCACCAGAAGGUGCACGGCCACGGUGGGGCGGGG